AUUUUAAGGCCUGUGUUAAUGGGAUUUAUUAGGGGUGUUGGGAGAUCAGAACCCCUGGGAGGUCUGAAUCAGGGGGAUCCCUUUCAGGCUUUGAGAUAGCCCCCCGAGUGGAGAUCCCAGGCAUCUCAGGGUAGAUUUCAGGCUGUCCUGGUAAUUUGGGAUGAUAUCCUUAGAAUCAGGGCCACCCCUUAGAAUUCAGCUCCAUCUUCAUAAAAGUGCAUUUCCUCAAAUCGGGGGUCCAGACUGCAGAUGUGCGGGGAACGUGAGCUCCAAAUAGCUUCCUCGCAGAAUGAGGAGGCCGAGCCCCCGGCACUAAGCUACCUUCAGAGAAUGGGGGUCUUCCCUUUAAGGGCUCUGGACGAUGGGGCUCAAGGGUGGUGAGGUUUGGAGGUGAUGCUGCCUGACAGAGUCACCUCUACUCUGGAGGCCCGGUCUGCGUCACCUGGAGGCCUGCUCUUCCGUCCGCUCACCCUGCCCUCCUGGUCCCUGGCGCCACCUCAGACUUCUUUGGGCUCCUCUUUUUCCCGCCUUUUCGCUCCUUCACUGCUGAUUGGCUGCGCCGAAGCCCCGCCCCUCUCUUUUCCCGCCUUCUCUGAAGCAGACAGGGGCAGGGGCGUGGCCUCAGAGGACGUUGGGCGGCCCGCCGUUGGCAGGCUGCGCGCGGGAGCUCGGCCCAUCCCCGGCAGUCCCCGGAGCUUGCGCCCGCCCCGCCCCUUUGAAGUCUGCGGACAAAGAGAUACUUCUUCGGCGCAUGCGCCGAGUCCAAGGAGGGCGAGAGAGGGAGGUGACAGGUCGCGCAUGCGCAACCGAGUCGCGUCCUUAGAAGAAAAAUGGUUCCCCCACCCGGCUCAAAGAUCCAGGGUUUGCGCAUGCGUCUUACUGUGGACUGAAGCCGAACCUCGGAGGCCCAGAACGCCUUUCUGCACAUGCGCAAGAGGCUCAAUGACAGUCGAGCGUUGGCUAAGGCUGCGGGGAAAGGGUCUGGCUAUGCUGCAUGUGACCCGGGGGGUCUGGGGAUCCAGGGUCCGAGUAUGGUCCCUGUUGCCCGCGCUCCUCGGGCACCCCCGGGCCCUGUCAUCGCUGGCGGUCAAGAUGGGGGAGUACCGCAAGAUGUGGAACCCCACAGAGCCCCGCGACUGGGCCCAGCAGUACCGCGAACGUUUCAUCCCGUUCUCCAAAGAUCAGCUGCUCCGCCUCUUGAUACAGGAGUUCCAUUCCAGUCCCACGGAGAAGGCGGCUUUGGAGGAGUUUGCGGCUCACGUGGACUUUUGCACCUUGUUCCACUACCACCACGUCCUGGCCCAGCUGCAGGCCUUGUAUGACCCUAUCAAUCCUGACAGGGACACCCUUGACCAGCCUUCGCUUACCGAGCCCCAGCGUCUGGCCAAUGAGCAGGAGGUGCUUCAGGCUCUAGAGCCCCUGCUGGCCCAGGCCAACUUCUCCCAGCUCUCGGAGGACACCCUGGCCUACGCUCUGGUGGUCCAUCACCCUCAGGAUUUGGUCCAGGUGACAGUAAAUUUGGACCAGUAUAUCUACAUGCAGUUCUGGGCCCUGGGCCAGCGAGUUGGGCAGAUGCCCCGUAAGUCCAGCGUGGGCUCCAAGCGUGGCUUCUUCAAAUCGCCCCCUGCAGAGAGGAGAUACUUCAAGCGGGUGGUGCUGGCCGCCCGCACGAAGCGGGGGCACCUGGUGCUGAAGAGCUUCAAGGACACGCCGCUGGAGGGCCUGGAGCAGCUGCUGCCGGAGCUGAAGGUGCGCACGCCCACCCUGCAGCGUGCCCUGCUCAACAUCACGCUGGUCGUCUCGGGGGUGGUGUGCUUCGUCAACGUGGGCAUGGUGGUGCUCUCCGACCUCAAGAUGGCCACGUCCCUGCUGCUGCUGCUCUUCGCCGCCUUCAUGGGCCUGCGCGCCUCCAAGAUGUUCGGACAGCGGCGCAGCGUGCAGGCGCUGGAGCUGGCGCACAUGCUCUACUUCCGCAGCACGUCCAACAACUCAGAGCUGCUUAGCGCCCUGGCCCUGCGCGCGCAGGACGAGCACGCCAAGGAGGCGCUGCUGGCGCACAGCUUCCUGGCCCGGCGGCCGGGCGGGGCUCGCGGCCCGCCGGAAGAGACCUCCCAGUGGCUCCAGUCGGAGGUGGAGAACUGGCUCCUGGCCCAGUCAGGCUGUGACGUGACCUUCAAUGGAACUCGGGCCCUGGCCCACCUGCAAGCCCUGACCCCCAGCAUCGGGAUGUACCCGUCUCCAGGUUUCCCCAAACUGGAGCCGGUGGCUGCUAUCACUUCCCCCAAAGCCGCACCCAGCAGAGACAGCCCCUGACCGAAACCUCCCCACCCGGCCCCGCCCAGCCACCUGGCUGGGAACUAAGCUCCGCCUCCUCCAUGACAAGCUGUCAAUCACGGCUGCUAGGCUUCGCCGUUCCCCAACCACCAAUUCCUCGUGGGCAAUCACUUCCGUUACCACUUCCCUUUACGCUGUUUUCUUAAACAAUGCCAAGGAUCAAGGCAGCCGGCCGUUGCUAGGCCCCCUCUUCUGAUGAACAGCCAAUCAAAGCUUUGCGGCUCUGCUUCGCUGCCAUCUCUUAGUCCCACCCCCACCAUCAACAUCUUAACGUGGUCUGGCUGAGGAGGGAGCGUCAGCCAAUGACAGCUGCUCAACGUACAAACCACCAGGCCCAGUUGUUGUUAAACGGAGCCCUCCCGAGGCUAUAUAUCUCUGUCUUUUUAGCCCGCACCGGGCAAAGUGCCCAUCCUGUUCACCAAGGCGGAGCUCCAGCCCGCGGCCAGUGAGAACAAUUUAGCCCAGUUCUCUGGCAAACGACCAACGACAGCUGCUGGGCACUAUCAACCUAGGGCAGCCAGUUGUCCCUGCAUAGAGGUCACCAAUCAGAAUGUCUAAAGGAGACCCGAUCUUUCCAUCAGUUGCCUUUACUUAUAAGGCAGGCCAUUCAGACAACUGCCUAUCAGCUUGUCCAGGCUAGAGGAGUUGAGAGCUUUGUGCCAGGUGGAAAGCUGUGGGCCAGGAGGAGCCAGAAACCACCCUCACCCCACGGCUCCCUUCUACUCGGGCCCCAACGACACAACUCAGGUGCCUUCCCUGCCCAGGCAGGGCCCUCACCCUUUCUACAGAAACUACCUCUGCCUGGAUCUUGCCUCCACCUCUAGCCUGUGCAAUAUUUAUUGGUCUAUCAAUUUCUACCCUGUCCCCUGUCCCAAAGGAAUAAAUCAUGUUUAAUAAGC